CAUCGAGUCUAUCUACAGACGCCGUUGUUACGACCUGCCACAGCGCUUCUUUGUCAAGGUCAAAGGUAUUUCUCAACGACUGCUUUGUCUGCGGAGUACCUCAUGAUGCGAGACAAUACAUCUUGACGAUUUCCCCAAGACUUCUCACAUGGAGUGCGCCAGACUUGCUUGGUUUUUAUAUUCAAGAAACUUCCGGUAUCUCUAUGGCUUAUGAACUGACAUGUCUAUCCCGAGUAUAUUUCCGUCACUCCUUCAGUCUACUACUUAAACCUAUCCACCACUCUGCUCCAAUCAUUCAAACUCUCUAAGACCACUCUGCGCGCAUAGUGCGAUCUCAAACCACGAUGAUACCAGAACGUUCGCCGGCAGCUCCUACGAGGCAGCAACCCCAUCGCGCUUCACGCUCUGCAGGGCCCCCUAAACCUAUUUACGUUCCAGAAGUAUUGAAACCACGGGCGAGAACAAAUGCCGGCGUCAAAAAGGGCAAUACCGCAAGUAAUGUGGCGUCCAUUAAGCCGCGCAAGCCAGCUGCAGCAAGAAGGAAGGCGAAGCAGCCAUCUCCCAAGAAGAAGAAGAAGAAGAAGAAGAAGGGCCGAGGUAAACGUUUAAGCCUCGGGUCUAUGGAUUUUCUCCUGGAAUCGUCGUCCGACCUAUUGGCUCGUCAAGACCGCUGGAUACCCGAUCUGGGCCAGCGACCUCAGGCUAUUUCACAGCCCCCCGUCUCACAGCUCGCCUCAGAGUUGUGGAUGUCGUACAGCGCGCUCGACGAUUAUGUUUAUGCGCAAUCAUUGAAGGAUUCGGCUCAGGUCAAUGUUGCGAGCCAGCACGAAGUUUUACAGAGGGGCCAGAGAGUGCAGCCCAGCGAGCGUCCAAGUACUGUCGAUGGAACGCUGUGGGGCAUCUAUCGUUUACUGGAGGCCUGGGUAUACAGAGCGAGCUUGACAGCUGAACAGGCGGUGACUCAUCCACUGCUGGAUGAUGUUUUGGAUUACCAGUGUGAUGGUGGCGAUACACCACCUAUCGCCCCGGAAGGCUGGGAAUGGAUUGGGCGCGAGUUAAUCCGGACCAAGGCAGCGAAUGACAAAAGGGAAUGUAAGAUUAUGAACGUGAAAAUGGAUGCCCAAAAUGUACAUGAGAAAUAAAAGCGUUCGGAACGGUCGAGAUACCCGCGCACAUGGCAAUAGGCAAUGCUUGUACUACAACGACCACGGGGAUUGUGCUGGAUUAUUAUAAUUCUCGUCUCUCUAUAGCUGGAUCAAAUACACGUGUUCUGUGUUUCGUCUCGGAUUUGCCAUGCUAGUUUCCCACCCACCGGCUGCCCGUCCAUGUAUAUCUUCAGACUUGCAGCAGUCAUGAUAUUGAUAGUGGUUCGCUGGAAUUAUUAGGGCCAC